AUGUCGUUCAACAUGAACUCGUCGGGCCAUAACGCCGCGGCUCCUGGCUUUGGCCAGAACUACGAUCCCUUCGCCGACCUCUCCCGCCACGAUGACAUUGACGAAGCUCUUGACUUCGAAGACACCUACGACGGGUUGGGCGAUCAGCUGGAUGAGACGGACGAUGCUUUCAAUGACGAUACAUUUGGUGGUGGCGACGUCGGCCCUUCCCGCCCUGCUGUCGGCAAGGACUUCGAUUUCUUUGGCCAGACUGCCAAGGUUUCGAACGCCUUGGAUGAAGAACACCUACGCUUUGAACGUCAACAGCCUGUUCCGAAGGCGCCUCGUGUACCUUCGACGCAGAACUACAACACGGGCUAUUCGUACCAGGCUGCCCCGCAGCCAGCCCGCACUGGCUAUGAGAAGUACAAGGGUCCAGAGGCUGUAAGCGAACUUCAGGUUGAUGCUUCGAUAUGGGGAGUUGCACCGAAGAAGACGGCAACGCCCGCUGCAGCAGCUCCAAGUCAGCCAGCGCCGAGUGCGCCGCCUGCGGGACGGAAAAUGAUGAGCUUGGAGGAGGUAGAAGCUGCGAUGCGAGCUCAGUCGAGGCCGACGCCCCCAGCUCAACCUGUCCAUAUUCAACAACAGCCUCAGUUCGGUCACAGGGAAUCCCAGGCGCAUGCGCAGGCCAGUCCUUACACUCGCCAGGAGUCACACGAACCUCGCCGACAGCCCGUCGACAGUCGUCAAUCCCAGGGUGUUCAGCCUGGCGAUUACCACCAAGCAGCUCAGGGGGUACCUCAUGGACACCCUAUCUCGAUCUUGCAGCGACCAUCGUCAAAGCACACUGCGCCUACUGGUCCUAGUGUUCCCAGUCCAUUGACUCAACAGCAUCAAGCCGUCCCAGCGGCUGCACCCAUACAGAUUCUGCAAAAUCCCAAUGCUGCACCCACCCAGAUUCUGCAAAAUCCCAAUCGCGAUGCUUCCAGAAUGAAGGUUCCGACUCACCCAGCUCACCAAUCUCAGAAUUCGAUUUCCCGUCAGCCUCCCGUCAUCACGCACCCGUCUCAACUCUCUGAGCUGUCUGAGCAGGAGAAGGCUGCUUUCCUCGAAGCUGAAGCUAGACGUGCGAAGCGCAAUCACAAGAUAUACGUAUUAUCUAAGGAUAAUGGUCUAAUGACUCCCCAAGACAAGAGCUUCAUCACCAGGAUUCAACUUCAGCAGCUUGUAUCAGCUACUGGAGAUCCGAAUGAACACGGCACUGAUGCUGCCCUUCAAGAAGACUUCUACUACCAAGUUCUCAGCUCGCUGAGAGCCGGGCAGCGGCCCAACCCGAACCAGCCUUUAACCAAUUUUGCCCAGACCUACCUCUUUCAGACAGGGACUCGUCACAAUGGAAUGAGGCGCGGUGGACGUGGUCCGGAGAAUCAUGUCCAGCGAAUGGAACAGCAGGUUCAGCGUGCUGUCGAGGCCGCCAAGAAUAAACCGAAGAACAAGCAACUCGUCAUUGAAGGCAGUCUAGGCAAGAUUUCUUUCAGCAAUGCCAAGACCCCGAAGCCUCUACUGAACAUCAAACGUACCGAGAGCGGAACUGAUGCGAGUCGGCCGAGCAGCGUCCAUCGCCAACACACCACGGGUAAGGGCAUGGACAAAAAGGCGACACUGCGGGAUAUCGAGAGCGUUUAUCUCACCCUUAUGAAGAUGGAGGAUCUUGCUCGCAAGAUGCCUCCUCCGCCACCGCCCAACAGCCAACCUGGCCAAGACUUCGUUGAAAGGCAGGCGGAAUUCCAGGUCCUUAACGAUCAACUCUGGAAUGCGCUCAAAGUCCACGAGCCCAUUAGCAAUGGAGCGGUGCACCCGUUCAUCACGUUCAUUUCGUAUCCCAAGGGCAAGAAGGCUAUCCCCCGUGUUUUCCGACACCUUAGCCAUACCCAGCGAACCACGAUCCUGACCAUGAUUGUUAUCCAUCUGGAUCAGCUUGACGUUGUUCGUGGCGCGCAAGUCCAAACUGGAGAACCCAUCACACUUGAUGCUGCUAGCCGAGAAAGGAUUGAAGUCUUCUCCUCGGCAGUCAUGCCAAGUCUCUUCCAGCUCCUUAACGAAUCCGAGCUCGACAUUGUCACUGGCGUACUCGGGCUGAUAACCCAGAAUCUGAAUGUGGACCUGGUUGCACGCACCCGUAUCGGUGUAUCCAUGUUGACGAUGAUCCUGAGCCGUGCUGAGCUUAUCAAGCAAGCUGGCCAGUCCAACGAGCGAACUUGGCAGCAGUGGGUUUCCACAUUCAACGUCUUUUUCAAUUCUCUUGAACCAACGCUCCCGAACAUUUUCCCCGGCACGGUGACGUCCGGCGAAGAUAUUUACGUUUGGCAGUUCCUCGCGGCCAUCGGAAUUGGAGCCAGCCCCGACGAACAGCAGCGAUUGGUGCUUGCGGUGAAAGAUCGUGUCAUGGAGACUGUUGGUCUUUCCAAGACUCUGCCGCCGGAUAUGGCAAAAGAGCGUCUGGACAACGUCAACUUGUUCAUGCGAUCUAUCGGCCUCGAUGUCGAGUUGUUAAGCUAG